CACCUCCCUGCCCGCCGGGCGCCCCUGCGCCCACUCCGGCCCCCGCAGCCCCAUGGGCGGCCCGAGGCGGUGAGCCAGGGGACCCAGGCGUCCGGGGAGAGGGUCCCCCUCACGUGCGCCCAGAGGGGACUAUGGGGGCUCCCCAGGGGUACCAGGCGUCGUGGUGGGUUUACCUGCUCCACCAGGUGCCGCGCACCAAUUUCCAGUUCGAGGUGGUGGAGAGCAGCUUCGCCCCACAGGACAGGGAGUACCAGCAGGCCCUGCUGCUCCUGGCCAGCGUGGCCGGACUCUGCCUGGCUAUCAGCCUCGUUCUGAUCUGCGUCUACCUGAUCCGGUUCUGUUGCUGCGACCCGGAGGACGAGGACGAGCCCAAGCCGCACAGGGUUUGCUGCAUCACCUGGAGCUGCGUGGCCGCCAUCGUCGUCUGUUGUGCAGGAAUUGGCAUCGGCUUCUACGGGAACAGCGAGACCAACGACGGGGUCGGGCAGGCCACGGCCGCGCUGCUGGACGCCAACCUCACGCUGCAGGGCGCCGACGUGCUGGUGCGGCAGACGCUGGGGCUGCUGUCGGGGGCUGUGGGGGGGGACCUGACGCGGCUGGAGGAGGCGCUGGCCCCCCGCACCGAGUUCGUGGCUGUCGUGCGCAACACGCGGCGCCAGGCCGAGGCCGUGGCCCAGAUCCUGGUGGGUCUCCCCUUCUGGGGGGCCCUGGGGAGGAGUCCCAGCCAGCUGGCCCAGGGCCUGGCCUUCCUGGAGGACUACAGGUGGCUGGCGUAUCUCCUGCUGCUGCUGCUGGACCUGGUCAUUUGCCUCUUCACCCUGCUGGGGCUCGGCAAGCAGAGCAAGUGGCUGGUGGUCGGAAUGACUGUGAUGAGUUUCUUCGUUCUCAUCCUGAGCUGGGGCUCCCUGGGGCUGGAGAUGGCAGCAGCUGUGGGACUCAGCGACUUCUGCUCUGACCCAGACAGCUUCAUCCUAAACCUGACCCAGGCCAAGACAGAACUGAGCCCAGAAAUCCUCCAGUACUAUCUCACCUGCAGCCAGGACGUCCCGAACCCCUUCCAGCAGAGGCUGACCAUGUCGCAGCGGGCGCUGUCCAGCAUCCACUCCCAGCUGCACGGCCUGGAGAGAGAAGCUAUCCCGCAAUUCCCUGCGGCAGAGAGGAACCUGGUCUCUGUGCAGGGCACCCUGAACUCCACGGAGAGCAACUUCCACCAGCUGGUCGCGCUGCUCAACUGCCGGGGACUUCACAAGGACUACGUGGAUGCGCUCAAGGGGCUCUGUUACGACGGCAUGGAGGGGCUGCUCUUCCUGCUGCUCUUCUCCCUCCUCUCGGCCCUCGCCUUCACCACGGCCGUCUGCAGCCUGCCCCGCGCCUGGGAGAGGUUCCACAGCAGGGACACGGAGUACGAGGACACGGAGGAUGAUGACCCCUUCACCCCUCAGGCACGUAGCCCCCCGCCCCGCUCCAGCCUGCGCCUCUCGGCCCCACCCAUUUCCAACGCCCCCGUCUCACAGUACAUCACCCAUCUCGCUCUCCUCGGCAGGAAUCAAAGCGGUUCGUUCAGUGGCAGUCCUCGAUAUGAUAGCGUGCCCCUCCUCGACCGGCACUCCCCGCCCCCCUCGUACUCACCCAGCAUGCAGGCAUCUUACGUCGGCGCCAGCCAAGAGGAACCGGGCCCCCGAUACCGAAUGGACUUCCUGACCUAGAAUCUGACCCACGGCCCCCACCCCUGACUAACACAUGGACCGGCUGCCCCCCAGGGCUGAGUGCUGCUGGGCCCGACAGAACCAAAGAGGGGGAAGGAGAGAGACCGGGGCUGCCCACCCACCCCCGGCCACCCCCUGCUGACCCAUCCCUCCGUCUAUCUGGGUUUGAUGCCAGGGGUCUGUGCCCCUGAGAAGGGAGGGUGGGAUGAAGGAGGAGGGUUGCCCCAUAAGAAUCCCAGGGGGGAGAAAAUGGGGAAAGCAGAAGGAUGAAUGGAGGAGUGGAAGUAUGAGCAUGAGAGAGCAGAAAGGAUGAACAGAGGAUGGAAGGAGCAUGAGAGUGAAAGGGAAGGAAAGAAGAAGUGAAAGAGUAGAGUGAAUGGAUGGGGGGAAGAAUGGAGAAAUUAAAAAGAAUGAAUGAAUAAAUGAACGAAUGAAUGAAUGAGCAAAAAGAGUUGAAAGAAUAAAUUAAGGAGAAGGAAUGUGUGGGGGAAAAAGAAUGAAGAGAGAAAGAGGGAAGGAAAAAGUGUGAAAAAACAGUGAAAGGAGGAGGAGGGAAAGAAAGGCCAGAAGGAAGCGAAAGGCGGAAGGAGAGAAUGAACGGAUGGAUGAGUGGGAAAAGAACAAAGGAGAAUGAAAGAAAAGAAAUCCAAGCCUGAACUGAAAGGGAGAGUAAAAGAGACAGAGUGAAGGAAUGAAGUGUGAAAAAAACCGAGCGAAAGCAGGCGGGAAAAAAGAUGGAAAAGGAGCGAAUGGAGGAACAGGAGAGGGGAUGGGACGAGGAAGAGUAAAGGACCGAAGGAGUGAAAAAGCACAGCCGAAAAGGAGCCCAUCGGAAAAGGAGUGAACGAGAAAGCGAGCGAGUGGACCAGAAGAGAGAGCAGUGGCCAACCAGACAAGUGAGCCCAGCAGCAACACGGGGCCCGGCCAGCCCUGGGCGCCAGCCCCAAUUAACAUCUAACCCCCCUGCUGCAGGGGGUCGGCCCCCGGGCUGUAGAGCAGAGACCUGUAGGCAGAGGAGAGAGGUGACUGGCGCGAGCUGGGGGCCUGCCGUCCCAAUUAGAGCCUCGGCCACUAACGAGCCUUCGAUCCAGCGGAAUGAGAAAUAAAAGGGAAAUUUUAUUUUA